CCAUUGGUGGAGAAACACGUAGCGUUUGAUAGGACUAAUAAAGCUUGCAUCAGUCUACUCGCAAUUGCUACUCAUCUGAGUGUGUGUUCUCCCACGCUGCUCCAAGAACUGGCAAUUUUAUCACGAAUUACCGGUAUUCAGAGUUCUGCCCCACAAUUUUCAUCAACAUGGAGAAGAAAAACGGACACACAAUGAUCAAUUCGGUCUCCACCCACGAAAUCUUGGAGAAGAAUGGAAAGAAGAAGAAAAGCUGUAAAGACAAGUUGAUGAGAUUUUUGAAUAGGAAUAUGUUAGUGAUAAUGACGGUAUCUGGAGUACUAGUAGGCGUAGGGCUCGGAAUGAUGGUUCGGAAUAUGAACCUAACCCGCGCGCAGAUGACUUAUUUUGCUUUCCCCGGUGAGAUGCUUCUGAGGAUGUUGAAGAUGAUUAUCCUUCCUCUGGUAGUGUGCAGCCUGAUCUCCGGUGCCGCGAGCCUGGACACGCGCUCCCUGGGGAAACUAGGAGGCAUUGCGGUCUCCUACUUCUUGGUGACCACACUCAUCGCAUCGGGAAUCGGUGUGUCCCUCGCCUUCAUUAUCAAACCGGGAGUCGGUGCCGGGGCUCUGAACACAAAUAAUCUAGGUCUCGAGAGCGUCAAUACCAACAAGGAGACCACGGAUUCGUUUUUAGAUCUUGCAAGGUAACGGUUGCGGGGAUGAGGUUAUUGUUUCAAUAGGCUAAUAAAUGUAUUCUGUUAA